GAGCUCGUAGUGCAUAUAAGUUACAGGAAUUGGAUGAAAAAUACGAUAUUAUUAAACCGAACUCUGUAAUUGUUGAUUGUGGAGCUUCUCCAGGAAGUUGGAGUCAGUAUACUUCGCGUAAAUUGUUUCCGAACGCCGGUUUUUUGGAAAUAGAAGAAACACAGAAUGAUGGAAGUCGUAAUAGUGGUCUAAUAGUAGCUAUUGACUUGUUUCAUAUUGAACCGAUUGCUGGAGUAAAUACAAUACAAGGUGACUUCACUGAGGCGAAAACACAAGAAAAUAUUAGAAAUCUGCUAGAAGAAAGAGAGGUUGAUGUGGUUCUUAGCGAUUUAGCACCUAAAUUUACCGGAAUCCAUUUCGUGGAUCACACUAGGUCUAUGGAAUUAUGCGAAUCAUCGUUUUCUUUUGCUCAACAAGUUUUAAAACCUGGAGGAGCUUAUUUGUGCAAGUUCAUAAUGGGAGGGACAGAGCUGGAGUUCAGAAACAUUCUCAAGACUAUGUUUGAAAUAGUUCGUCACGAAAAACCACAAGCUUCCCAUAAAGAGUCGACUGAAGGAUAUUACGUAUGUUUGGGUUACAAGGAAACACCUAAUUAA